AUGAGACUCGAGGUACUACUUACUCGUCCCGAGGACGUCGAAAACCACUCCGAAGACAUCGAAAACCGCACCGAAGACAUCGAAAACCGCACCGAAUACUUCGAAAACCUCCCCAAAAGCGUCGAGGACGGCCCCGCAGACCCCGGGUACCGUCCCGCCUCGAAGACGCCACGGACGCGAUCCACCCACGAAGCGCUCGCCACGCGCUCUGACACCGACUUGGGACGACGUACAGGUCGCACGACACCUCGGAUGAGCAAGAUCGAGGCGUGGAUCGCCGGCGAUAGGCUGACCGCGGCGUCGGUGGCGCACCCGGGUAAGUGCAUCCAGUACCAUCCAUCUGCACCCACUCACCUCUCUGCAGCGAGCGGGAGGAGUGCGGAUCGCGUCUCCGUCGACUGUUCCGCCUCCCACCAGGACGAGGCGGCAGUCGGCAUCUCGCAGAUCGUACAAGGCCGCCCGCGAGGACGACGGCAAGGCCCAGCCUCCUGCGACACCGGGAUCACGCCCCACAAGAUUAUUUAGUCAACGUGAGUUUAUCGCCGUCUCCUUCCCCGCAAGAGAGCUUACCAGUGGCAUUCAGGUCAUCCGCACCUGCCCGUCCCCUCGCCUGCAAAAUCGCCAAGCUCCCGCGUAUCAGCGCUGGGGCCCUCGGCGACGCCCGAGCUCCCUUCGACGACAUCAAGACUCCCUCACGCCCCUUCGCGUCGCCUCCGAGACUGACGAAAUGGCCAUCUCGACGUCGAAAAAUCGCGUUGGGUCCCCGCGCGAGCGCGGA